GUCUUUUCUAGCUACCAUGUGACCAUAUCUUUCAAUAUUGUAAUAUAGCAUUAGCAUAAAUAACAUAGUGCACACACAAUAAACAUCAUAAAUAUUUAUCCUCCACCUGUUUCUUUAAGAUCAAACCCAAGACAUGUCCAGAGAAUGUUAAAUCUUCACAUAUGGAGUAUGACAAGGCUCGGAACGAAUAUCUUCUAUUAAUUCCAAGAGAAGUUACUGAUUUCAUAUUGAUCCUUGUCAAGUUCAGUUCCUUCAGAAGGGCUCAAGUGUUUGGACUCAGAGCUGUCUUUACUUAUGCUUUCAGCUGCAAGCCCUCUAGCCGCAGAGAAAUUAACCAGUCCAAAAUUAACAGCUCCUAUCGCACUUUCCACCGCUGCUUUAAUUGACCCAAGAAGGUUCUUCCCCGCUCUGUCUGGACUAGUUAAAGACCAUGAAAGUGAAAGAAAAAUCAGGCAUAGAGAAGCUCUAAACCUUGCCAUUUUCAGGAAAUUGAAUGUUUGUUGUUUCUUGUGUUGCAGAGUUUCGAACAAACGAGAGAAUUGGUAAAUUUCAAGGCAUCAAACGACGCGCUGCACACCAAUUGUAACAGUCUUUGUUGGGGAGGGAUAAAUAAAGUGAUGGGAGGCCGCCACCUGAAACUGAAGAAAGCAAGAGUUAGUUAAAUAGGAAAAUGAAAAAUGCAAAAUUUUGCUAUGUAACACCUUGUAUGCUCUCAUCCACUAAAACCUACACCUCUCAUGCUCAUUCAAAUCCAAUCUUACCUCCAAAUGAAGAAUACCUCUUCCGCUCUACUGCCGCCGCUCUAUCUUCAGCUCUUCAAGACCACAUUAACUCAAACACUCCUUUUCACGGCCAGAAGAUUCAUGCCCAUAUUGUAAAAACUGGUUUUAUACCCAAUACCAAUGUCUCCAUUAAACUUCUCAUUCUUUAUUUGAAAUGCGGCUGUUUGAAAUAUGCACGCCAAAUGUUUGAUGAAUUGCCUCAACGAACUCUUUCCGCUUAUAAUUACUUAAUUGGUGGGUAUUUAAAACUAGGGUUAGUUCAAGACUCGAUGAAUUUAGUACGUAGGUUAGUUCUCGAGGGUCAAAGGCCUGAUGGAUUCACAUAUUCGAUGAUUUUAAAGGCUUCAACUAGUGGUGACAAUGUGACUUUGAGUUGUAAUUUAGGGAGUGUAGUUCAUGGUCAAAUAUUGAAAUCUGAAGUUGAGCCUGAUGAUGUUCUUUAUACGGCACUUGUUGACUCGUAUGUUAAGAGCGGAAGGGUUGGCUAUGCAAGGAAAGUUUUUGAUAUGAUGAUGGAAAAGAACGUGAUAUGUUCGACUUCUAUGAUUUCAGGGUAUAUGAACCGAGGUUCUGUAGAAGAUGCUGAAGAGAUAUUCGAGAGGACGGUAGAAAAAGAUGUGGUGGUUUUCAAUGCGAUGAUCGAAGGUUAUAGUAAAUCAGUUCAAACAGCCGAGAAAGCUCUUGAGGUUUAUGUUGAGAUGCAACGAUAUGGGUUCAGGCCAAAUUUGUCAACUUUUGCAAGCGUCAUCGGGGCUUGUUCUGUAUUGGCAGGAUUUGAGAUUGGCCAGCAAGUCCAGGGUCAGCUUUUGAAGAGUGAGUUUUUCACAAAUGUAAAAACAGGAAGUGCUCUUAUUGAUAUGUAUUCAAAAUGUGGAAGAAUUGAGGAUGCUAGAAGAGCUUUUGAACAGAUGCCAGAGAAAAAUGUGUUUUCGUGGUCGUCCAUGAUUGAUGGAUAUGGGAAGAAUGGAAGACCCGAUGAAGCACUUCAGCUUUUUCAUAAAAUGCAAGAUUGUUGUAUUGAGCCUAAUUAUGUUACUUUCCUUGGUGCUCUCUCAGCUUGUGGACAUGCUGGCUUAGUUUCUAAAGGCCGUGAGAUUUUUGAGAGCAUGGAGAGAGAGUACUCACUGAAACCAGGGAUGGAGCAUUACGCAUGCAUGGUUGACCUGUUGGGACGUGCAGGAAGUUUAAACCUAGCAUGGGAAUUUGUCAUGGGAAUGCCUGAGAAGGCCAGUUCUGAUGUUUGGGCAGCUUUGCUUAGUGCAUGUAAUCUGCAUGGCAAUGUAGAGAUGGCAAGUGUAGCUGCUAAUGAACUUUUUAAGCUAAAUGCUGAAGGUCGGUCUGGUGCAUAUGUUGCACUAUCUAAUACCUUGGCAGCUGCUGGAAAAUGGGAUGGGGUAACUGAGGUGAGGGAGAUAAUGAAAUCAAGAGGUAUAUUGAAAGACACUGGUAGCAGCUGGGUUGGGACCGAAAGUGUCUUAUAAGCUUCAGGUAGGGUAGGCUAGCAUAUUGAGUCAGAAGAGAUGGCCUCUUUGAAUUUCUUGGUAAGACAUGUUUAAAUUUAAUUGUUUAUUGAAGGUCAUUGUGUUAAAAGAUUUUCACUGUUUAUCAUGCUCCUCAGAACAAUGCUCCACUAUAAUUGAAGCUUCAAAGACUAUGUCAAUCAACUUGCUGUGGGAUUGUAAUUUAGCUGAGAUGGAGGCAGCAAUAAAUAUGGUGGAAACAGACAGAUGAGUAAAUUUCAGAAGUUAGGGUUUAGUACAGAAGAAUUUGGGAUGAGGACCAAAGAGAUCUUAUCAAUUGCUUACCUGUUUUGUUAACCUUGUCCAGGAUUUGGGUCCUGGUGCGCAAAGGCUCUAGCUAUUAUUAUGUUGGGUGGAUAAACAACUGAUUCUGCAGGAGAGUUUAUCAAUAUUAAUUGGUGUGCUGUACAGGUCCUAAACUGAGUAAAUAAAACCUGUGACAGAACAAGUUUUUUGUCUGCUUGAUGGUUACAGUAUUAGCCAUAUACUAAUCUUGAACUUUGACUGCGGUAAAUUAAGUAAAUUUUAGUGAGUUUACACGUUACUUCAAUGCCUGAAAAUUCUCGUGGGGUAAAAGAAGAAAAAUGCCCGAAGGUGCAUGCUUGUACAACAUUUAGUCGCAGCAAACAAUUACUUCUUGUAGUACAAUUUGAAUUUUGAUUGCAGUGGUGGAACUGGCAAGGAGAAGUCUGCAAGGAGGCCAGGUUAGACUCUAGUAUGCAUUCUUGAGUUGAAUAGUCAGUAUCAAGGUUCUAAUUUAGAUUCAUCAUUCAUUAAUUCUUCGGUUCGAUAGAAAGUGUAAUCUGUAGAAGGACGGUGUAUCCUGUAGAAGGAUGACUGCAAAGAUUCAUAAUCACUAAAGAUAAUUGUGGGCUAUGGAGGUAGCAAUGCAUUGUUUAGAAAGAAAAGCAAAAAGUUUAGGAGAGGAUGUAUUGUAUUCUGUUUAUUAGGUAACUAUACGUGAUUCAGGGAGGAGAAACAUGUGAUUUUGGAGAAGAUGGAUUCAGGGAGUGUUCGGGAGAAGAUUGGAUGUAUACAGAGAAUCUUCUUUUUUAAAAAAAAUUGUGUACUCUCUUUGCAGGCUACUUGAAAGUAAAGCCAGAAACACAAUAUGCAACAGGCUUCUAAUGUAAUAACUUAUCUGGAGUGGAUGGGAUGAUGUUGUGAGAGAUUGUGGUAUUGAUUAUUUUCAUUGAUUUUGUUACUCGAUGUUUUGAUCUAAUCGGUUGGCUUACAAUCUCUAGAAGUUCAAACUUUCUUGCCUAAUUAUGUUUCUCAUGGACUUGGCGGAUUGAGAUGUGCAGCCAGUGUUUGGUUAUCUAUGUUUAAAGACUAAAAAGUUAAUGAAAAGAAAUUGGUCUUUUCGUGGA